AAUGAACUGCAGAGAUGAUGUGAACGUGAGAUGAAUAAUUAAAAUGAUAAGGGAAUCAUUAUUUAUUAAAAAAAAAAAAGUGAAAACUUGGCGCGCAACCGCUGCGUAAUCUUUCGUUAGGCGCGUUUCGAAAACGAACGAACAUGAAACGCGCGCACCGCUGUCUCCCAACUUAACAUACACAAUCUAACUUUCCCUUUCCUGAAAUUUUGUGCCCGGUCUGCACAAACGCCGCUUUCUUCCGUUUUCCAUGUCAUUUCCUGUAAUAAAAAGAUGGUGGUCAUAGCAGAGAGAAGCAGCUGACUGUGUUACAAACAUUUGGAGAUGAUAAACUUUGCAUCGCCCGGGACUAGUGAAAUCCCCCCGUGCUGUUGCGUCACCGCCGCGUAUCUCGGAGCGGCCAAAGACGAGACGCGCCACGGCUAAAGAAGACCACCAAAGACCCCGCGACGCACUGCGUAUAUUCCAUAGACGAACAGAAGAAUAUGUCGAAGUGAAACGGGGCACACAGGAGUCUCUCCUUCCUGCCCAGAUGGCAGAUUCCUGUGCUGUUCCAGACCAUUCUCCCAUGGAGACUGAGGCCGAAUGCAGCACCAGUGCCUCAAAUAAGAAGUCAACUGAAGAGCCAAACAAAAAACUAAAAGUUGACCAUGAGCACUGUACCAGUUUUUGGUUCUGUGAAGAGUGCAAGAAGUAUUUCUUGGAGGAGUGCCCUACCCAUGGGCCACCUGUCUUUGUGCCAGACACUCCUGUGGCAUCAGGGGUGCCCAAUCGGGCAGCUCUCACUGUACCCUCAGGCAUUGAUGUCCGCAGAGAUGGUGAUAAGGUGGAUGUCUGCUGCAAGGAUGAAAAUAUACCAAAGGGGGCACUGUUUGGUCCUUAUCAAGGCCAAAUAAUGACCUCAGAUAAACCUUCAGGGCCAUACUCUUGGAUGAUUGUUGAUAAGGACAACAAAUAUAAAUUCAUUGAUGGGAGUGAUGAAACUACAGCUAACUGGAUGAGGUUUAUUAAGAUUUCUUCGGAUGAGAGUGAAAAGAACCUGAGUGCAUUUCAACAUGGCGAUCAAAUCUACUUCAGAGUGUGUCAGAGACUGAAGGUGGGCGAGAAACUACGUGUGUGGUACAGCAGCGAGUACAUGAGGCGACUGCAGAGUGUGUCUCGGGACAGCAUUGAUCGCAAUCUAGACACAGGAGUGAAAUUAGAAGAGCAUGAUGAGCCCAAAGGUCCAGUGUUAAGAUCUGCAAUGCACGGUAGAAGGACCCUAAGUAAGCAUGGAAGUGAUGAGGCAGAAAACCAGCCCCAGGCCAAGAAAAAGAAGAUUGACCUCAUUUUCAAAGAUGUUCUGGAAGCAUCUCUGGAGGCUAAUCAAAGUCAGAACAACCCCCUGAACAGCACCUUGUCUUUUCCAAGAGCAAGAACAAAUGUCUGCCACGUUUUCAGCCAGCCUGACGGUGAGUGUAAAGUGUCAGUCUUUGCCUCUGGAUUGGCUUCCAUGGAGCACCACGAGAGUGGCUUUGAUGCCAAAUGUAUUAAAAUGGAAGACACGGAAGAAGAUGCCACCCUGACCGGUGAAGGACCAUCGACAUCUUUCUGCCCAAACUGUGUGAGGCUAAAACGACGAAUACGUGAGCUGGAGGCUGAACUGCUCCGUCUCAGAGGACAGGGGCAUGCUGAAAUUAAACCUGUAGCACCAUCUGAGCCCCUUCCUAGUGAGGAUCUCAGAGAUGCCAUGACACCCAUCCCAGCUGUGCUUGAAGAGGAUGACCAGGAUGUUGAUUCUGCUGAUGAAUCCAUUUCUGCUGACCUCAUGGUGGCUGCGGAUGAGUCUUCAAAACUCUCUGUGGGCUCAGGUCGUCGGAUUCGCCGCUUCAAACAGGAGUGGCUGAAGAAGUUCUGGUUUCUCCGUUAUUCACCCACACUGAAUGAGAUGUGGUGCCACGUGUGCCGACAAUACACCGUCCAGUCCUCCCGUACUUCUGCUUUUAUCAUCGGCUCCAAGCAAUUCAAGAUCCACACCAUUAAACUGCACAGCCAGAGUAAUCUGCACAAGAAGUGUUUGCAGCUUUACAAACUUCGCAUGCACCCAGAGAAGACUGAAGAGAUGUGUCGUAAUAUGAUGACACUCUUCAACGCUGCCUACCAUCUGGCUUUGGAAGGGCGGCCAUUUUCCGAUCUGCGACCCUUGGCAGAGCUCCUCAAGAAGUGCGACCUCAAAGUGGUGGAUCAGUACAUGAACGAAAAUGACUGUCAGAUUCUAAUCCAACACAUCGCUCGAACAUUCAAAGAGGAUCUGGCUGAGAAGAUUCGCCUUUCGCCCUUUCUAAGCAUCAUCAUGGAUGGACAGAAUGACGAUCUCCUGGCUGACACUGUUGCGGUUUACGUCCAGUUCACCACCACUGAUGGGCUUCCUGUCACCGAGUUCCUCUCCCUGCAAAGGCUUUGCGGAGGCAACGUGGAAGGCUACCUUCAGGCCGUGGAUCGUGCCUUUGGUGUCCUCGGGCUAAGACUCCAGGACAUGCUAGUUGUUGGCUUGGGAAUAGAUGGCUCAAACAUUUCCUCUAGUCUGAGGGCAAAUCUUUACGUAGCCAUUCGAAAGACAAUCCCUUGGGUGUUGUGUCUACCUGUGAUGAUCCAUCGUCCCCAUUUAGAGGUUCUGGAUGCCAUCAGUGGUAAGGAACUGUCUUGCUUGGAGGAUUUGGAGAACAAUUUGAAGCAACUGCUCAGUUUCUACCGGUAUUCUCCACGUAUGAUGGCUGAGCUGAGGUCUACAGCACCAACUCUCUCUGAGGAAGCCGAAUUUCUUGGGGAUAUAAGGGCUGUUCGUUGGAUCAUAGGGGAACCCAAUGUUCUCAAUGCCCUAAUUAAGGACUAUCUGGAGGUGGUUGCUCACUUGAAGAGCAUAAGCAGCCAAACCCAGAGAGGUGAUGCUGCUGCCAUCGCUCUGUCUCUCCUACAGUUCCUGUUGGACUAUCAGUCCGUGAAGCUGAUCUAUUUUCUGUUGGACAUCAUUGCUGUCUUUUCACGACUUGCUUUCAUCUUUCAGGGGGACUAUCUGUUGGCGUCACAGGUGGACGCAAAAAUUGAGGAUGCCAUUCAUGAGAUUGGCCAAUUGGUGGAUUCCCCAGGGGAGUACCUACAGGAGUUUGAAGACAACUUUCGAGAGAGUUUCAAUGGAGUGGACCUCAAGAACUUGCGGGUUGCCGAGUCCAAGUUUCAGUCCAUUCGAGAAAAGAUCUGUCAGCGAAGUCAAGGCAUCCUUGCCCAACGUUUUGAUCCACGCAGUCGCACAGUGGUCCAGGCUUGUCAGGUUCUUGACCUGGCCUCAUGGCCACUUAACAGGGAUGUUCUUGGCGCAUAUGGAGAGGAGGAGAUCCUUGUGAUUUUUGACCACCUGGAGACUAUUCCUUCAUCCGGACGUGAGCUCUCUCAAGAAAGAGUAGAUGCCAGAGGAAGCCUUGUGGUUGAAUGGAGGGAUCUGAAAGCUGAUUAUUGUAGUGUGAAUGGUUUUAAAGAAGUCGUCAGCCACAUCUUCAGAUACAAGCAACGUUUUCCUCUUCUCAAUCACAUCCUGCAGGUUGUCAGGGUCUUGCCAACGUCAACAACAUGCUGCGACAAAGGAAGAGGCUCGUUGCAAAAAGUGCGCCGAAAUAGCCGUUCCAGACUGACUCUGGAUCAGAUCAAUGAUCUGCUCACCUUGGCCAUUAAUGGACCGCCUAUUGGUAGCUUUGAUGGAAAGCGAGCAUUGGACAGCUGGUUUGAAGAGAAAUCUGGGAACAGCUAUUCGCUCUCAGCAGAGGUGCUGAGCAGAAUGUCCACCGCCGAACAAAAGUCUGUGUUGCACAAUAUGGAUAUAAAUGCAGAGUAUUAUCCUGAUAUUUGACUGAUCAGAGCCAAUUCCUCAGCCAAUAUGAUUCCAAAAAAGCCAUCUCAUUGGAAAAGGGCUGAUCGGGACUAUAAUGUGAUUGGCCAAGUAGUUUGACUCUGGCCCUGCUGCUAAAAUGGCCUAGAUCAGCAUCUUCUCUAAGAGUCGGUAUGAAUGCCUUUGCAGGUCGCAGGCACAUGAAACACUUUAAAAUGUUCAUGUAAAUGGUUGUGAUGUGUUGCUAUGUGUUUUUGUUCCAAAGAGAAACUAUUUUCUAGUUGUGAGGAUUGUUGCCGUUAGGUGAAUGUUCGACUGAACACCAUUUCAUCAGGCAUUGGUGAGUGAAGCCUCCUUUCAGUCUUUUGUAAUCUCUGAAAAUGUUACCUUCUUGCAAAAGCUGAUUUAACUAAAAACUUUCUGGAAAAACAGUUUUAUUAUUCUGUCUGCAAUAUAAUUCGAGCAAUCAUUCUGUAUUUGUAUGUAGACUUGUGUGUAUGGAAAUGAUCUAACAAAAAUGCUUAAUUUUUAUAGCAUGUUCUUUAUGCUGGUUAUCGGUAAUUGGAAUGGAAAUAGCCACUAUUUUGCCAUGCAGUAUAUUCCUAACAUUUUAUAUCUUAUUUUAGAUACUCUUUUAAGUCAGGGUUCCUCAAAUCUGGUCCUGGAGGGCAACUACCAUGUCGAGUUUAGUUCCAGCCCUAAUUAAACACACUUAAACAAGCUAAUCAAAGUCUUCAGAGUUGCUAGAAGAUUACAACAGGGUGAGUUUGAUCAGGGUUUGAGCUAAACUCUGCAGGACAGAUUUGAAUAAUCCAGCUUUAAGUUAACCAUUACGCUUAAGAUUACUUGUAAAAAUGGUUUGAAAACAUGUUGAUGUGCCAUAAUACUUUAUGCAAUUGGGCACCUGUAAUGUGCAGUUUACAUCCAAUCUGAUUUAAAGUAUAUAGCCUAAAUAUGCAAGGUUUGAAUUCUUUACCAAUUGUUCUUUUACCACAUGCUGGUGUUUGAUUUCUGGUACAUGUUCAAAUUAUAUUAUAGUUAAAUUUUCAUUUCGGUUUUACUCUAUUUUAUUCGGACACUGCAUCAAAGCAACACAUAUAUCAUAUGUUUACUUAUAUGCUGCAUAUAGGCGGCCUAAAUGGUCAAAUGUUUACUGAAAAUUUAAAUGAUGAACAGAAAACAUUUUAAGUAGUAAAAGCCCCAAAUAUGAUCACACUCUGACUUCAUCAGCCAUACUUUUCAUCCGAUUCAAAUGCUUGUGCAUGACGUCACCACUAGUAGGCGACACUGUACAACAAUUUACCUUUGGAAUUAUUUUUUAGACGUUAAGUACCUGAAAGAAUAGCUCUUUUUGAAUCAGUGUCAUACAAGAACAAAUCUUUUGUAUUUUUGAUUGUGUUAUUAUGUGCAUUCGUGUAAUUUAUCAGUGCAUGUCUUAUGGUCAGCAGCAUAUAUUUUUCACUGACUUUUAAUUAGUUAAUUUUGCCGUACUUGCCACUAAAUUCCAUCGAUUAUACCUGUGCAAUAUAUAUUUUACACUUAAAUUGUAUGUCCUUAAAAACAGGCAAGUUUAAAACUUACUAAUAAUUUUCCUUAAAGCAAAACUCUGGAAUUUAGAGUUUCCAAGUAUGAUCAAGCAUGUUUUGUAAGAUGCCUAUGGAUUUGCCCUUUUUAUUUUGUUCAAGAAAUUUCCAUAUUUUUCAUUCAUAACUAUAUUUAAAUAUAAUUUCUCAAAGUCCAAAAAAUGAGAGAUCUAUUAUUAAUUAAUUAUUAAAUUAAGGCUUUUAUAGUCAUAUUUGCAAUGUUGUAGUUAAAAUUAAACAUGAGUCAACAUGUCAAUUUAAUUCAUAUAACUGUUAAAGCGCCAUCGAUCAAUCUCAAACAUAUACAUGCAGUAUAAUAUGCUGCAUUCACGCCAUGUCUAAAUUACCGUAAUUUUGCGAUGACAACACGUGACGUUGUACAUGGAGCGGGGUCAGGUGGUACAGCGGUCACAUGGUACAAGUAGGAGUUGUAAUUAUGAGCUCUACGAGGAUGUGAACACUUUACAAGUUGAAAUUUUCGUAAUUACGGUAAUUACAAUAUGCCAUGAAUGCACCUAUAUUAAAUAGUAUUGAUUGUUCUCACUGUAUAGUACAAAAUCAAAAAGGAGCAGUUAAAUGCAGUGUUCUCUGAAGUUACAUUAACCUUUAACUAUCCACAUGCUCUAUUAAGACUGGACUACCUUCCAUGUGCUGCAGUGUUUUACAUAAAUAAAAUUUUCUAGAGUCAUUGAAACAGCUUGUCUUUAUUUUGAAAUAGAUUUACAUUCUGCAUGUCUGAAUGUAAUUCGCAUGUGUUUAAAGCCUCAGAAAGCUUGUAUUUUGGGGGUAACAUUUAGAUAAAUCCAUUUUUUAUUCUGUUUUAAUGAAUGUACAUUUUAAAAACUCUGCUUUACGCAAAAGAUUAUUCUCAUUUAAUAUGUCGAACUAUUAAGUUUCAAAGUAAUUAGCUUUUUUGUUAGCAUUUGUGAGCAAUUAAUGUCAUAGCAUACCCACAUCUGAACUCAUUUGGAGUAGCAAUAUGAUUGUGUAAAGGAUUAAUAAGUGAGCUGCCAAAAAUCAAAACGUUUUGUUUCAUUUAUGCAUGUAUGUGAAUGCUUUUGAAUGUUAGACUGUUACCUCACAGUGAGGUAUGCCAUCGAGUGAAUCUUCUCAUAUUGUGUUGGGAGCUAUACACCGUUGCUGUGUCAAAGCAAACGUUUGCUCAUCUUCAAUGGUGAAUUCUGAUCAAAUGAGCCAAAGUCAAGCCUGAUUUUGUUUCGUUGAGGCUUUAAUUUUUCUUUCAUCAAAUACUACGCCUACCAAAUGUAAAUGUUACGUCUAGAUUCAUAAUUUUGUACUUUUCGAUUUACAGUUGUCAUGUAAUCACAAUAAUGUUCAUUGUCCGUAUUAUGAAUUAUUAUGAAAUGUUUUUCAAACAAUUAUUGAUGAUCUGUUUUUAUGUGGGAGAGACUAGGUCUAAGGCUUAAGGAACAAAGUUACUUCUGAUUUCAAGUUUUUCAAAUGGAAUAAGUGAAUUGUAGCUUUAUAUUCUCAUUCUGUUUCUUUUUGCAGAGAAAUAUGUCAUUUGCUUAGAUUUAUACAUCAUACACACCUUCUUCCUGAAAAUAUAACACUGGAAACUCAAGAAUAUGAAUUACAUGUGAAAUGUAUGCCUAGAGAAUGUGUACAUGUAUUAUAGAAACCCACUUAAAAUGACAGCAUAUGGAAUCUAUAUUCAACAAAUAAUGGUUUAAUAAAGUUUUUUUUAUGUCA